GUGGAACCCUUUGGUGAGAGAAAGAGAGCCACACUCUUGACAACCGGGAUCUUGAGAAACCUGCGAUUCUGAACAGUUUCCCUGCAAAAAGGGAGUGUUUUAUAAUCUUGCAGGCGUGUGUCAAGAUGAAUUACUGCAGAUUGCCUGAAAGAGUGUUGCUUACGCGAUCAGAUCUACGGGCUGGACGGUUAUCAUGAAAAAAAGUAUUAAAGGCAAUAGGAAGCAAGAGUUGGACAUAUUUUAUAAGCUCUCUUGCUUUGGAUCUGCAGAGAAUUCUACAUGGGAGAAGUUUCCCGAUGGAUAUAAAGCAGGAAGCAAUUCAUAAUAUUUCCUGAAAGGGUGGAGAUUGUAAAGAUAGUAUUCCCACAAAACAAAAACAGUUGGGCUGCUCCAGCAUGGAGACUCUAAGGGAAUCUUUUCUGCACUUGACUUCACAGAUGUCGUCAUACAGACGGACCACGUUUGAAGAAGAUGACUUGGUGGACUCUACAGUGGAUGAGGUUUACCCCAAUGGCCUGCAGGUGAAUAUGAGCAGACCCCACCGUGGCCUAAGAUGCUGGGCAUUGAGGACGAGCAUGGAGAAGAAACUGCUGGUCUUGGUGGGACUGCUGUCUGGCACCCUGCUUUUGUGCCUGUUCACCCUGGUGUUGCACUUCAGUGUAGCCCAUCCUCGGGUGUGCCUUUCGGAGUCCUGUGUGACAGUGGCCAGUUCUGUGCUGGGGGCGUUGGACCGCUCCGUCGAUCCCUGCCAGGAUUUCUACUCCUUUGCCUGUGGUGGCUGGAUUAAAGCCAACCCCCUGCCCGAUGGUCACUCUCGCUGGGGCACUUUCAACAACCUGUGGGAGCACAACCAGGCCAUCAUGAAGCGGCUGCUGGAGAACACCACGAUGACUGGGCUGAGCGAGGCAGAGCGCAAGGCCCAGAGAUACUAUCAGGCCUGCAUGAAUGAAGAGAAGAUUGAAAAGCUUGGAGCCCAGCCCCUACAGGAGCUCAUUAAUCAGACUGGAGGUUGGGCUGUGACGGAUAACUGGGACAAAGACCACUUCCAAGAGGUCUUGGAGACGGUGUCCGCCCGCUACCGCACCUCUCCCUUCUUCUCCGUGUACGUCAGCACCGACUCCAAGAACUCCAACAGCAAUAUUAUCCAGGUAGACCAGUCGGGGCUGGGCUUACCCUCUAGAACCUACUAUGUCAACAAAACGGCCAACCAUAAGGUGUUAACAGCCUAUCUGAACUAUUUGGUGGAGCUGGGAGUGCUCCUGGGAGGCUCUGAAGACUCAACUAGGGUGCAGAUGCAGGAAGUGUUGGAUUUCGAAACCACCCUUGCCCAAAUCACCGUCCCACAGGAGGAGCGCAGAGACGAGGAGCUUAUUUAUCACAAGAUGUCGGUCAAAGAGCUUCAGACGCUGGCCCCGGCAGUGGACUGGAUGCCUUUUCUCUCUGCGGUCUUCGCACCUGUGGAGUUAAAUGACUCUGAGCCGGUGGUGGUUUAUGCCAAGGAGUACUUGCAGAAGGUCUCCAGCCUCAUCAACAGCACCAACAAGAGCCUGCUCAAUAACUACAUGAUGAUGACCGUGGUACGCAAGAUGGCCUCUAACCUGGACCAGAGGUUUCAGGAUGCUGAGAAUCGCUUCCUGGAAGCUAUGUAUGGGACCAAAAAGAGCUGCACCCCGCGAUGGAAGCUGUGCGUCAGCGACACUGACAGUGCCCUGGGCUUUGCGCUGGGAGCCAUGUUUGUCAAGGCCACCUUUUCAGAGGACAGCAAAACCAUCGCAGAAGACAUGAUUUCGGAAAUUAAGGGAGCUUUCGAAGAGAGUUUACGAUCUGUGGGCUGGAUGGACGUAGAGACCAAAAAAGCUGCAAAAGAAAAGGCAGAUGCAAUUUACAACAUGAUAGGGUACCCCAAGUUCAUCAUGGAUCCCAAGGAGCUGGACAAAGUGUUUAAUGAUUACGAGGUGGUAUCCGAUCUGUAUUUCCAGAACAUCAUGCAGUACUACAACUUCUCUUCCCGAGUCACAGCGGAUCAGCUGAGAAAAGCCCCCAACAGAGAGCAGUGGAGUAUGACUCCUCCGACUGUGAAUGCCUACUAUUCCCCAACCAAGAAUGAGAUGGUUUUCCCUGCAGGGAUUCUCCAGGCCCCUUUCUACAGCAGGACUUGGCCAAAGGCUCUAAAUUUUGGCGGUAUCGGUGUUGUGAUGGGACAUGAGCUGACCCAUGCUUUUGACGAUCAAGGGAGGGAGUUUGAUAAGGAAGGGAACUUGCGGUCUUGGUGGAAGUCGGCCUCAGUGGAAGCCUUCAAGAAGCAGACGCAGUGCAUGGUGGAGCAGUAUGGCAACUACAGCAUCAACCAAGAGGCCCUGAAUGGGAAACACACUCUGGGAGAAAACAUCGCAGACAACGGGGGCCUGAAAGCUGCCUACAAGGCCUAUGAGAAUUGGAUCUGGAAGAAUGGUGAGGAGGAGGUCCUGCCAACUCUUGGAAUGACCAAUCAGCAGCUGUUUUUCAUUGGGUUUGCACAGGUGUGGUGCUCAGUGCGGACACCUGAGAGCUCUCGCGAAGGCGUGAUCACAGACCCACACAGUCCCUCUCGCUUUCGAGUCAUCGGUACCGUGUCCAACUCCAGGGAAUUCUCCCAGCACUUCAACUGCAAGCACAACUCCCCCAUGAACCCCCAACGUAAAUGUGAGCUUUGGUGAUUUCCAGUGCCGUGCCUAUCCAGGACAAGAGUGACUGGGAACUCCGGGAAUGGGGAACGUUGCAGAAGGAGGCCGUCAACAUUUAUAAACCACUGAGAUGCUAUCCUUUCCGACAAUCCCACUGGACCUCCGCUAACUUCGGAAGAGCAUGCUGUUUCACUAACUUCAAAAUGAAACUCUGUUAAAAUAUUUUUGGGGAAGAGGAAAAGAUGCAAAACACUGGAAAAUGGAAAAUAAGAAAAAAAAAGAGGGAGAACUUCUACUUUUCAUGAUUCAGGUUUUGUGUAGAAAUGAUUAUUUUUAAGCACGUUAUUUAUUGUUAUGGUUGUUGUAAGUUCCUGUUAUUGUAGCUCAAUUUUUGGAUACUUAAACAUAAUUGCUUUUCAGUUUGUUUAUUCCAUCAUCAAUGACUGCAUAUUUUGAAGAACAGUCUUACACACCUAUAUAUAAAUAACUUCAUAAUCAGCUGUUUCAUGAGAAAACUGUGAUGGAAGGUUAAUGAGCAAGGAAUGUUCAAAAUAGCAAGUUGAGAGAAGACUAUUUCUCCCAUGAUGUGUCUUGUUAUUAGUAGUUUAUUGAGCAAUACUAAGAUGCUUAUACUGACUGGAAAAGAAAUUUCCAGAGAAAAGAACUGAUUUGCAGUUCAGUGAGGAAGGCUGCUAUGAUUUAAGCUACUGUAGUGCUGUAUGUGUGUUGUCUGUCCGGAUAUUAAAAUGUUACAUAUAACCUACCAGCGCUUAAUGUGUUAAUCAUCAGACUGCAGCCUUUCAGGACUGACACACAUUUACCAAGGAGAAUAUUAUUAAGAAAGUAAACUUAGUCUAUUUUGUAUGUGCUGGAAUGCUACAACAAACUUUUUUCUGUUGCAUUGUUCUCAAAGCUUUUGUAACUGGGGUGACCCUUUUUAAAGACACAAUAAGGGCCUCUAAUUUCGAUCUACAA